GACACACCGCUAAGCUGUGAGGGCAAACACGCGUGUGUUUUACACGUUCUUCCUUUCUUUUUUCUCCCAAAGGAGCGUGAGGGGAUUUCACUGCGAUCCUUCUGCUGCUGCUGCUGUCUGGAUUCUCGCAGAGCAAACCUUGAAAGACAUGAUGUGGACAAACAUCAGCGGGACACGGCGGCGUCAUGUAGCGGGACACAGUAGCAGCAGUGGGUAGGGCUAUGUGUGGAAAUGAACGAGCGUUAAUAAAACGGUGUGAUCUUCUCUGCCUGUGGCUGCCGAUCACAACAUGGACGCUGAAUGUUGACGGUCAACGCACGUUUUUAUCAUAUGUCAGUGGCUUGUUAUUUUUGAGCGGGAAUGAGCGGGAAGUGACAAUGAAUGACAUCACAUCACUUGACAAUUUGCGCACAUGUCGCCAUUUCAUCGAUCCGAAAUUCAUCGAAUUUGUUUGUGUUUGUUUGUGGCGUCGUUUCCGCUUUGAACUCCGUGGAUGUGAAAGGAUGUCACCUGCUAAUCUGCUGUUAUGAUUUUUUAUCUCAUAUAGAGGACGGUGUUUUGUGGAUUGUUUUUGGUUUUUAUUUUAUUUUUUUUGAGUCAAAUGUUAUUCCACAUGAAUUUAAGCACGGGCUACUUAAAUUACACCUGAAUGUAUCUUGUGUGUAUAUAAGAAAAACAACACAAGGACGUGCUUUAAAUACGUGUUUAUUCACUCUUCAUCUCCAGUUUGUUGCCAGCUGAUCUCAAGACAUGAUUGACGUUUUAUUUAUAUGAAAUCAAACAGCAGGAAAAUAGCCACUUAUUACCUUUUUUCUUUUCUUUUUUUAUCUGUAAAAGGAAAUGCCAUUUGUCUACAUCCUAAAAAGGUAAUGGCUAUUUUUUAAGCUUUACCAAUCACAUCUUCCCAGAGGUGAGGCCCACUGAGGAGGAGGAGGAGGAGGGGGAUCUUUUUUAGAUACAACAUUCCACGCCUGACGAGGACCUUUGUCUGUAUUAUAUCCAUAUCUGUUGUCAAGAAUGGCUGAGGUGCCGCUCACUGACAGACUCUCCACUGCUUCGGCCAGUGGAAACCUACAUGAACUCUUGUUUUUACUGGAAAAUGGAGCAGAUGUCAAUGGGCUGAACACAUUUGGGAGAACUCCACUACAGGUGGUGAAGUUGGGCUGCGACCACGUGAUUCAGGCUCUUCUCGAGGCGGGUGCAGACCCCGACUUGCGCGACCCGGUCUGUGGCCUCACCGUCACCCACGACGCGGCGCGCGAUGGAUGGGUCGAUGCCGUGCGCUUGCUGAUAGACCACGGAGCAGAUCCGAACAUGGUGGAUGAUCGCGGUAACCUGCCGCUGCACCUGGCCGCCUCACAGGGUCAUCAGAGGGUGGUGGAACUGCUGAUGAUACACACGCAGAACCCGCACACCCGCAAUAGCGAGGGGCGCACCGCCGGACUGGAGGCGCUCUUCCACGGGAAGAUGGAUACUGCCAAAUACAUCGACGAGUAUCUGAACCCUGCGCAUUAGAGGAUAUGAAGAAGGAAGAAGAAAAAGACUGAAGCCUCUUUGUUUUUGAGCCUUGAUUGGCUGAAAACUUCCUGCUAUUCUGUGUUUCUGCCCACUCUUUUUUUUAUAUAUACACUGGUCCUUUAUUAUUUGUAUUUUAUCUAAAAUCCCUUAUUUUUUUAUGAUUCUGAAUUGACCUUUACACACUAAUCUUUAUUUUCAUCUGGAGACAAAAGUGAUUGAGAACAGCUGCCGUGUACUCCGACACACUUAUACAUUCCAGUGCAGUCCAUUACAAAAGCUGUUGAGGUCAGAGUGGUGCAGGGAAGUGUGCGCUAUUCAACUGGGUUUUUAAUUCUCAUCCUCAGUGGAAACACUUUGGUGUAAACACCACUACAUUGUCCUUUUGCAAUGUCAAUAUUAUAACACAAUUUAAAUGGCAAUGUCAGUUAUACAACUGAAUGUUGUAACAGUCGACUGUGCAGCUGAGCAGUGUUUGGAUUACAUUACAUUUGCUACACGUGUGUCUAAUGAGGUGUCUAACAUCACACAUAUAUAUAUAUACACUGCAUGAUGCCUCUGCCCGAGGCUGAACAAUCUGACAUACAGGCCCUACACAAUCAUGUAUGUAUGUAACUAUUUUAUACUCGAAAGCAGUGGUUCUCAAACUUUUUAUUCCAAGUACCACAUGAGAAAAUAUUGAGCUUUUGAAGUAACAGCAUUAUAAAAUAAAAUACAGUGGUGUAAAUAAGAUAAGAUAGUCCUGUUACAGCAGCAAGACAGUAAAGGUAAAGAUAAUAAAUAAUAAACAUGCAUUACCAAAAAAGAAAAGAAAAAUAUAAAAAGAUAUUAACACUUGGACUAUAAAAAAUUAGUUAAAAUAGUUAAUGUAGAAUGUACAUUAUAGACAGUUAGCAGAAUAUACACAGUAUGGACUUGAUAUUUACAGCAUAAAUAAGUGAGGAGCCUGGUUAUGUGUGGUCUACUGUGAGCAGUGUUUGUUGUCUAACAGCUGCAGGAAGGAACGACCUGAAAUAACACUCUUUCAGACAUUUCGGAUGUUUCAGGUCAGCUUUUCACAGGAGGCACAUUUAUUGCCAAUAAUGUGAAGACUUACGGCAGUCAAAUUUUUUUAACAGUAAAAUGUACAUACACUGUGCACUAUGCACUGUUUUAUAAUAAUUUUUACUUGCAUUGUCACAAUUAUCAUUUUCAAAUGGCAAUGGAACCAGAUGUAAGCCACACAGGAGUGAACAAAUGACACAAUUCAAACUUUCUAUCACAUCUGGAGUCGGAUAUCAUAAUGACAUGAUAGAAGAGAUGAGCUAAUGUGGACGACCGUGCAAAAUCUGAUGGUGGCUAUUUGUUAUUUGUUUCUUUUCUUUUUCUUUUUUUUUAAACGCACUCAAAAUUCUUCAGCUCCACUCUGAUCACAUACUCUGGUAUAUACAGUAGCACAGUAUUUCUGAUUUUCCUCCAAGUACCACCAGAGGAAGCUCGCAUACCUGUGGAGGUACAUGUACCACAGUUUGAGAACCAUGGCUUUAAGAGUAUAACAAUGAUGUCAUCCCAGACUACAGGAUUGAAUGCUGUUACAGGCACUGAAAAAACAAUAUAUUUCAGGGAUUUGCCGUCUAUUGGCUCGUUCUAAUAGACGGAUAUAAAGUUCUCCAGUUUGAAGAGUGAUGCCCAGGAGGUAAAAUGGACGUAGCACACCAGGAGGUGACUACACUGGUUGUAAAAAAGCCAACUUACUUCCUUUUUCAAAAGCUGCAAUGAGCUGUAGACACAGUAACUUCAGUCUGACACGAAUGAGACUGGAGAAAAUCAAAUAGCACUGUCUCAUGGACGCAGCUUUCUCCCUUUUGAGUUAUUGAAGCCAAAGACAUGGCGAUGGACCGAACCUACAAAAUAACUUCCAUAUCAUGCUAGUGCCAACUCAGAAUGAUGUUUAUUUGAAAGGAGACCCACAAAUGCUCCCUGAGGACCAGUGUGUAACUACUAUAUAUAAAAUAAUAAUCUUUGAGAUGAUUUACAGACUUCUGAUGAGGCCCCGGCUUGUUUUCAUUCAUCUAAAGUUAUGAAAAGCUAUGAAAUUGUAUCCUUAAAAAAGGGCGUUCUUUGUUUUGCUGCUCCUGUUCAAUGUGAAAAGAGAAAAAAAACAAAAAAAAACACAAGAGCACUACAAUAAAAUGAAAACGUGUUUUAAUGACACUGAAGUACCAAUUCAUCUCAAAGACGCUAUAUUUUGAUAUGGUCAAUAAUAAAAAAAAAAAUCCCCUCUCUUCACUUUCUAUCACUGCUGCUUCAUUAAUGUGAAUAAGAAGAUUGAGAAUCAUAAAUAAAAUUCAGCAAUUAAUCCUGCUUUGUCCUCUUUGU